AUGGCCUGGCUGCUCCAGAGGCUGCACUACUCGCUCUGGACUCCUUUUGACCCUGACCUUGACAACAUCCUGAUUGACGGCCGGCCCCAGGGCCGCGGUGCGUUACCGUUUACCGGAAGUCCUGGUGGCUCCAACAUUCCUAGGCCUGUUGGCGAGCAUACCAGCGAACUUGGCGGUGUCUCCGCUGUCAGCGCAAGCCGGCAAAAGCAGACCAAGAGGGAUGAGGCUAUCCGUCGAAAGAUGGAGAAUGAUCUCUCCAAGAAGAAGAACCUAGCCACUCGUGCCCGCCACUCGCGCAAGGCCCCCUGGUACCGUUCUUGCCUUGAAGCCUAG